AUGACUUCAAAACUUGACAGCCCUCCGUCCUAUGAGGAAGCCCUUCAACACCCAAAGUCUGCCACUUACCCCUACCAGCCCCAGCAUGGCUCCCAUCUUCCACCACCGCCGUCUUACAGCCCCAGCCCGGGUCCGGGCGUGUGCCUCGGCCCUCCUGGGUACUGGGGCCAGAGCAGCGUCUACCCACAGCCCAGUAUGUGUGCCGGUCCUGGCUUCUCUCCAGCUGGGAUGCCCACUACAGUACCGACUCUGUCUGCUGGACUGCCCGCAUCCAACUCAGGAGAGAUGGAGGAUUUUCUCAGCAGCCAGUGGGAAAGCACAUCUAUUCGGCAUGCUUUCAUCAAAAAGGUUUAUUUAAUUUUAUCAGCACAGCUUGCCUUCACUUUCUCAGUCGUUGCUGUCUUUACAUUUGUUGACCCAGUGAGGCUGUUUGUCAUCAGAUACCCUGGCAUCUACUGGGCGUCUUUUGUGGUUUACUUUGUAGUUUACUGCGUUCUCAUCUGCUGCAAAGAGCCCAGGAGGCGUUUCCCUUGGAAUCUCCUGCUGCUGGGAGUAUUUACUCUGGCGUUGUCUUACAUGUCUGGAACAAUUUCAAGUUAUUAUGACACAAAAGCCGUGUUCCUCGCCAUGGGAAUAACAGCACUAGUUUGUAUAGCUGUCACCGUCUUCUGCUUCCAAACCAAGGUGGACUUCACCUCCUGCGGCGGGUUCCUGAGUAUUGCCGCGGUUUUGCUCAUGAUCAUCGGGAUUGUUACGACCAUCGUGCUCUACUUCCAAUACGUCCCUUGGCUGCAUAUGCUCUACGCCGCAAUUGGAGCUCUGGUUUUCACUCUGUUUUUAGUGUACAACACCCAGCUUCUUAUCGGGAAUCGGGAGUUGGCCAUCAGCCCAGAGGAGUACGUGUUCGGCGCGCUCUCUUUGUAUGUGGAUAUCGUCCACAUCUUCCUCUUCAUCCUCCAAGUCAGCGGAGCCGCGACCGAAUAAGCCGACUGCUCCAGCACGCGUUCUCCUGGAGCUUGGACUGACAGUACGUUGUGUUUGUUGACGGACACAAUGAAACAAGUUUUUAAACUGGGAACCUGUUUGUCAAUCCUGACAUUUAUAAAUGCAACACUAACUAUACUGGAUAUAGUUUUACUGUAUGGCAGUAACACUUGAGCACUUUCAUGUAUUGUAUUCUGCACUGUGUUAAGGAGGGC